ACAACGACAAUGGCAUAGGGGAGCAAAAGAAAAGGCGGUAAAAGCAACAGACUUGGAAGCCAAGGGACCACCCUCUUCCCCUUCUUCACCCUCCCCUCCAUUCCAAAAUCUGACAGAAAGCCACCAAAAUUUCAAAGUUUCAUCACACCCAUCACGAAACCAAUACAUUUCUUCUCUAAUUUUAAAUUCACUUCUUCAGUUUCUUCUUCACUUUGUGAUUAUAUCACUCACAGAAGGAAUAAAGAUGACCCACUCUUUCUUUUUCUGCAGGAAUCUUUCAUUCACUUUUGCUUUUUCUUCUCAGUCAGAGCUCCCCUUUUGUCUUUAAGACCAUCUUAUGACUCCUGAUAAUUAUGAUAAAGCAUGUAUUGUGUUAAUUAACUCAAAACUCCAUCUGGGCAUGAUCCAUUUUGCUCUGAAAUUUCUUUAUUCCUCCUACUUUUGGCUUCUUGAUGUUUGAAUGUGGGGAAAAUGAGCUAAUGCUGUGUCUGUUUGUGUAAUUUGUUGUUUUUGACAUCUGGGUUUUUAUGGAUCUUUGUGUACCCAUGUCACUAAAUUGUCUUGGAGUGUAUUAUUAUUCGAGGAACUGAUUUAUAUUUGAAUGGUUCCUUCUGUAAAAUUGUGUCAGUGAGAUUUUGUGGCUUCUUCUGGGGUGUUUUGUGGAUGUAUGGUUCAAGUUCUUUUGGUUUUACUCAAAUGAGAUAUCUGCAAAACCUGAGGUGUUUUGGCUUGAAGUGUACUUUCUGGGUCAUUUUAUGAGCUUUUUGCUGGGUUUGAACUUGGCAAAGUGUCAGAUUGGUAAUAGAAACUGUGGUUUUGUUUGAUGAGGAUCUUGGAGUUUUGUGGUGACUUGCUUCAUGUCGAGGAUACAGUCAACUUCAGUUGGUUGCUUGUUCUUCAUUUUCCACGAAGUACUUGAGUGUAGAUUUCAAUUAGGUGAACCUACAACUCUUGGCUGUUGGUGAAGGAACUACAGUUCUCUCAGACUCUGAUAUUCACAUUUUACGUUAUUUGUCAAGGGUAUCUGCAUUUGGUACUGAACCUCGGGUUUAGACAUUUUUUACUGAAACAAGUUGACUGAAGAACAUUGUUGUUGUUUGAAGCAGUAUCGAUGUGAUACAAGCAACUCCAAUUUACUGGCUUCUGAAAAUUGAAAUCUAGGUCACUGUCAUCCUUCAGCUGGUCUGUUCAUAGAACCAAUGGCUCAAAUAUUUCGUAAUUCUUUAUGUCUAGCCAUUCUCAUCCUUUUUGUUCGAGUCAACUUUUCGGAGCAAUUACAACUGUCGCAGAUUCGGACGCUGUUAAGAAUACAGCAACUUCUGAACUUCCCAGCUGUAUUAAGUAAUUGGAAUUAUAGCACGGAUUUUUGCAACUUGGAACCAGAUUCCUAUGUGACUGUUGUGUGCUAUGAGGGAAACUUGACUCAGUUGCAUAUAAUUGGGAAGAAAGGAGCUCUUUUACUACCUCAUAACUUCUCGAUGAAAUCUCUCGUUAACACCCUUGCUAAGCUUCCAGAUUUGAAAGUCCUUACAUUAGUUUCCCUUGGUUUAUGGGGGUCGAUACCUGGCAAAAUUGCUCAUUUAUCAUCACUGGAAAUAUUAAACAUGAGCUCUAAUUUCCUAUAUGGUGCCAUCCCUCAGGAGAUUUCGUUGCUGUCAGGCUUACGGACACUUAUACUUGAUGAUAACAUGCUUGCAGGACAGCUUCCUGACUGGUUCCACGUGCUUCCGCUUCUAACCGUUUUGAGCUUGAAACAUAACAAUCUCAAUGGAUCAUUGCCUAAUUCACUGAAUGAGUUGGAAAAUCUUAGAGUUCUUUCACUUUCACAUAACCACUUUUAUGGAGAGUUGCCUGACCUCAGCACUUUGACCAACCUUCAAGUACUUGAAUUGGAAGACAAUGGUUUUGGACCUCAAUUCCCUCAGCUUGGCAAUAAGUUGGUUGCCGUAAAACUGAGUAAAAACAAGCUCAGAUCUAGUAUCCCUCCUGAAGUUAGCUCCUUUUACCAACUUCAAUAUUUCGACGUCUCUUUGAAUUCUUUGGUUGGGCCAUUGCCAUCAGCAUUCUUUUCUCUGCCAUCUCUUUCCUAUCUCAAUAUAUCAGGGAACAAGCUCACAGGAAUGCUUAUGGAUAAUAUUUCUUGCAAUGAUGAACUUAAAGUUGUGGACUUAUCCUCAAAUCUCUUGACUGGAAGCUUGCCACAAUGUCUUCUAGCAGAUACGAGGGACAGGGUUGUCUUGUAUCUCAGAAAUUGUUUUGUCACUGGAGAACAACAACAGCAUCCGGUUUCCUAUUGCCAAAAUGAAGCAUUAGCUGUGGGCAUUGUACCCGAGGAGAAGAAAAAAGACCAAUCACGUAAAGCAGUUCUUGCCUUGAGUAUAGUUGGUGGCGUUGUCGGAGUGAUCAUUUUAAUUGGUAUAAUUUAUAUAGUUGUAAGAAGAAGGAAUGAGAAGAAUACGGUGAAGAAACCUCCAACAAAUUUAAUAGUAGAGAAUCCAUCUGCUGGGUACACCUCAAAGCUGCUCUCGGAUGCAAGGUAUAUAUCUCAAACAAUGCAGUUCGCACCACUUGGCCUUUCAACUUAUAGAUUGCUCUCAUAUGAAGAGAUUGAGGAUGCUACUAAAAAUUUUGACUCUUCUGCUUUCAUGGGUGAAGGUUCUCAAGGACAGAUGUACCGAGGUCAGCUGAAGGAUGGCUCUUUAGUUGCCAUUAGAUGCCUUAAAAUGAAAAAAAGAUAUAGCACACAAAACUUCACGCAUCAUAUAGACCUUAUUUCAAAACUCAGACACCGCCAUUUGGUUAGUGCUCUUGGACACUGCUUCGAGUUGUACUUGGAAGAUUCAAGUGUCAGCAGAAUAUUUCUCGUCUUCGAAUAUGUUCCGAAUGGCACGCUAAGAAGUUGGAUAUCUGGAAGGCACUCGAGGCGAUCACUUACUUGGACACAACGUAUAGCAGCAGCAGUAGGAAUAGCAAAAGGCAUCCAGUUUCUGCAUAUGGUUGCGGGCGUAUAUUCAAAUAACAUUAAAAUAACAGAUGUACUACUGGAUCAAAAUCUUGCUGCUAAAAUUAGCAGCUACAACCUUCCUCUAAUGGCUGAGAGCAUGGCCAAGGUCGGUCGGGGAGUUUCUUCCGGUGGAUCCAAAGAUCCUGGCUGCCAUGAAAGGAUCAAUCAGGAAGCUCAAGCUGACAUCUACGACUUUGGAGUAAUAUUACUAGAAAUCAUCCGUGGGCGAGCACUCAAAUCGAAAAACGAAAUUAAUGUUCUAAGAGAGAAGUUACAAGAAGCCAUUUCAUCCGAUAGCAUUGCUCGAAGGAGCAUAGUUGAUCCGAGCAUUCAAAACGAAUGCUUAGAUCAAUCAUUGAAGACAAUGAUGGAAGUAUGUGUCAGGUGCCUGCUCAAGGAUCCAGUCACCAGACCUUCACUUGAAGAUGUCCUCUGGAAUUUGCAGUUUGCUGCUCAGGUUCAAGAUGCGUGGUGUGGAGAAUACCGUAGCAGUGACGGGUCUCCCAUCUCUCCUUCUCAACCUAAACUCUCAAUCUGCUAAUUCCCACAAAGAGAGGUUCAUAUUUAUAGUAUCCAUCUCAGUUCUUGGAUCUUCACAGACUCUUUCUGCUGGCAUGAGCUUCAAUCAAUUAAAACAACAGUUUGGUUCGUUUAGUCUUGGCAUUGUUAAUUAGCAAAGUUUAGUUUGAGGUUGCAUCAAGUUAAUAGAAGAAAGCAUUGUAGUUUAAGCUUUUAGUCGUUGAACUUCAUAAAUAUUUUGGUCCAUGUAGUUUAUUCAAGUCCUUGGACAUAGUGUAAAAUCAAAAAUGUAGCUUAAGCAUAUGUUUUAUUCAUACUUGAUGAGUGGGUGCCUAGAGGGAAGCCAAACAAGAUGUUGGAUUUCAGAAAUAGAAUUAGAUUCAUGUUUUUUGAGUUUAAGGAACCAAGAACAUAGAACGUUUUCGAGUUUCGACAUAACAUUUUUUUC